UGCAAUGUCAAAUGCUCCUGGCAGUAAGAAACCAGUAAUGAACAAUGAAUCAGUGGAAGUGCAUUAUAAUUUUGUGCAAUCUAGUAAUAUUCAGUGCACUGAUAAAAGAAUCUGUCACCUUUUUAUUGUCGCGAAAACUCUCUAAAUGUUUCGACGAUUACUGGUUCAAAUACAAGUCGAUGCGUAACAAAACUUACGUAGGGAUUUUAGAGAUGAAGAGACGAAUUGCUUGGGAGAGCAAUCUUUUCAAGAUUUAUGAACAUAACUUAUUGGCCACUGCGGGACAUUAUAGCUACCUCUUGCGAGACAACUGCAUUGCUGAUCUCAGCACCGGACAGUACCUUCGAGAAUGGGUGAAAUUAAUACCAAGUAAUCAACUGCUACUCGACGAUGACCCAAUGGUACAAGCAGUCCUUCACGACCCAAACAGAGUGCCAGAAUAUUUAGACUGGCGGACCUGUGGUUUUUUAACACCGCCCGAGGAACAAUUGGACUGCGGUAGUUGUUACGCCUAUGCAAUAAUUGGAACAAUUAUAGGACAACUUUAUCGACUAACGGGUCACGUUUAUUCAUUAAGCAAACAACAAAUAGUCGAUUGUAGUUCAUCGACAGGAAAUUUAGGCUGUGAUGGUGGAUCUUUAAGAAACACUUUAAAAUAUUUGGAACAAGUCAGAGGACUUAUGGGAGAAUCCUACUAUCCUUACAUAGGGCGGAAAGGUACGUGUAAAUUUCAAGAAAAUCUAAGUGUUAUUAAUAUCACAUCGUGGGCAAUUUUACCAGCGCGAGAUGAAAGAGCAUUAGAAGCAGCUGUAGCAACAAUUGGACCAAUUGCAGUAUCCGUAAAUGCAUCUCCAAAAACUUUUCAACUUUAUCAUAGAGGUGUCUAUGACGAUCCCUCUUGUAGCGCAAGCGAUGUGAACCAUGCAAUGUUAGUUGUAGGAUAUUCACCAACGUAUUGGAUUUUGAAGAAUUGGUGGGGCUCAAACUGGGGUGAAAAUGGAUACAUGCGCUUAGCAAAAAAUAAAAAUCGCUGCGGAAUUGCCAACUAUGCAGGUUAUGCGAGAAUUUAAUUUAAUCCAAAAUACCUAUAAUAACCUACUGUCGCUCACUUGUCACUAGCUGUAGAUUGUAUAAUAAAAGAGGAAAAAAAAAAUAGAAAAACCAUCGUUACAUCAACAAAUUUCCAUCAAAACUAAUGCAACUUCAGUUUUCUGUUAGAGAAAAAUUAAAAUUUUCAAUCAAAUCAAUUUUGAUUCAAUUAAAGGGUAUAGCCGGAUAAGUAUGCAAAAAGUGCCCCCGCAUGUAUUUUAUUCAUAAUUUAUCCAUACAUUCCUACCCACUUAAAGAUAACAUUCUGAAAGUUUGAACUCAAAAUUCGCU